CGCGCGCGGGAAGGGCUCAGUCGGCGCCGCGCCGUGCCGGGAGCGCGCGUCGGACGCCGCCACACGGGGCCCCUCAGUGGCCGCCAGCGCUCCGGCUGACCCAGGUAAGGUUCCUUACGUUUGAAGAUGCCUCGUUAUGGAACAAUCGUUGUCAUUAAAAGGAAUGGGACUGAUGGAAUUGUUUUUCCACUCACCUCAACUUCUUGUUUGUUUGGAAGGAAAACAGAGUGUGACAUCCGCAUGCGGCUGCCCUGGGUGUCCAACGAGCACUGCAAAAUCGAGAUCAACGAGAACAAGGAGGCAGUCCUGACCAAUCUAAGCUCAGUGAACCCCACGCAGCUGAACGGGGCGUGCUUGGAGCAGCCUGUUGCCCUGAAGCACGGAGAUGUGUUAACCAUUAUCGACCGUUCUUUCAGGUUUGAAUAUCCUCUGCAAUCAACACCGAAAAGGAAGCGUUCCAGGUCUCCAAAAGAUGAAACUCUGCAGGUUCUUCAUGUUCAGCAGGUGGCAGAAGUGGAAUUAUUACACAAACAACCUCCAGGAGCUAAAAGUCUUGAUGCUUCAGAUAAUGCUGAGUGUGAAGAAAAAAAUGCCAAUGAAAAGAAACAAACUCCAAAGAAAAAUCUUCCUGAAGCUUUCCCUGUCAAACUCCAAACACCCAAAUCUUCACAGAGAAUACAUCGUGUUCUUAAAAAGCAAAAUGAAAUGUCUCCCUUUAGUAAACUCUAUGAAAGUGUGAAAAAUGAGCUGAAAGUGGAAAAACCUCUGCACAGGAGAAGUUCCUCUCAGCAAGCUACAAAAGGAGACCCUGGGAGUGUUCUGGCAGAACCAAGUGCUGCCAUUUCAUCCCAGAGCUGUCUUUCGGAUCUGGGCAGCCAGGCUAAAAGAAGGGAAUCAGGCAGGAUGGGAAAUAUUGAAAAAUGCAUAAUUGUGAGACGAGAAGAAGAAAACAGCCCAGGGUUUAAGCGGCUGUCACCUGGGGGGAGAACUCCCAGCAGGAGUUUUAGCAGGAGUCCUGGAGCUCCCAUUUCAGAGGAGGUGUCAGGAGAUACCAGUCAGAGUCCGUUGCAGGAUCCCAAGGGAUUAAGGACACCAGGCAGAUCCACAGGUGCUGUAGCUACACUCAGAGCCAGCAAGGAGAGCCGCAGGAGCUCCCUGGUGUUGCUGGAGCAGUGCUCCAUCGAGAGGUUUGACUGUCCAGUUCAGGGGACAGUGUGCAGCCCCAGAAGCUGCAGUGCUUCUGGAGGAGGUCCGUGUGUGCUGAGCACACCAACGCCCAGGAGGAGGAGUCCUCGGUCUCUUCUUGUGUCACCUCCCAGAAAAAGCACUGGCAUGAAUCCUGGAAAUCCUGGCACUCCAAGGACCCCACGGCGUGGGUCACUGAAACUGAAGUCACUUCCAGAGAUCCCAGCUGGAGCUCCAAGGGAAGACCCAGUGUGCAGAACUGAGAACACACAAGUGCCUUUGCCAGAAGAGAAAAGCUUAAAGCAAAGACGAAGCAGCAAACAACAGACACCGGGAAAAGCUGCCCAAGAGGUGCUGAAAGAAAUCUGGGAUCAGGCAAACCUGGAUAACUCAAAGGUGGGGCAUUGUGAAACCCCUGCCUCUCUCUCUGAUUCCAAGAGUCCCAGGAGAAGCAGCAGGGAAAGUAAAGAAUUCUUGGACAAAAGUGCCCAUUCAGAGGCAUUGGCUGCAGAAGGAAUGUUGGCAUCUCCUGCUGGUCAGACACCUGGAAGGAAAAGGGGAAGGCAAAGGAGCUCUGGAGUGCUGGCUGAAACAGCACUGGAGACAAGCACUGCUCAGGAACAGCACAAUCCAGGCAGAAAAGCCAGUGGAACUCCAGCAGAGCUGGCCGUGGACAGAUGUCACCAAGACCAGGAUUUGGAAGAUGCUACAAAACCUCGGAGACCAUCAGGCAAGAGAUCUCCUGGAAGUGCUGCUGAGCUGGGGGACACUGAGCCUGGCUCAGAAACCAAAACUUUGGGCCUCUUGCAUGGAGAAGACUCAGGCAAGAAAAAAAGAAUCUCUCAGAAGAGGAAAAGUGGUGAAACCCUCCCUCAGACUUUGGGCAAAAGAAAGAGAGUGUCCUUUGGUGGCCAUCUGAGCCCAGAACUCUUUGAUAAAAGUUUGCCUCCCAACUCUCCCCUGAAAAGAGGAGCCCUCCCUGCCAGGAGGAGCUUACCCCAUGGAAACUCUCCUCGGGCUGUGCUCAAAAAGGCUCAGGCCUUGAAGCACUUGAUAGAUCAGGAAGAAAAAAAAUCACCCAAAAAUUCCCCAGGCCAGCAGCCCCCAGGUGCCUCAAGCCCUGUCUCAACUCCCAGAACCCCUGCAGGCUCUCCAGCCCCCUUCAGGAAAGGGCGUUUCUCCAUCUCCCAGCCCCCCACUCCAUUCCCAAUUGCAGAGGAGAAGGAUGCUGGCACAGAAGACAUGGAUCCAGAGGGGAAGAGUGGUGCCCAGGGGAAAACCCCAAAAUCUUCCCCUGCAGCCCAAGAUGCCAAAGCCUUGGUGACAGGGACACCUGCCAGGUCAGCCAGAGGUGCCCAGCUGCGCUUGAAGGGCUCUGCCAUGAGGAGCAGAGGUGGGGCUGUGGCUGUCAUCAGUGCCAGGAGGAGAAGUGGUGCCUCCAGUGCCAAUUUAUUAGUUGCAAAAUCUUGGGCAGAAGUGGUAAAAUUGGGGAUUGCAAGACCACAGCCAAAGACUGCUAAAAAAACUGUCCGUAAAGGAAGAGCCCUGAAGAGAUUAAAGCACCCACCAAAGACUCCAGAGAAGAAGAUAAAAGGUCACUUCAGCACAGGUCAUGCAGAGUCACCUGCUACCAUAGUUGUGGGCAGAGCUUAUUCCACCACAGUCAGGUCAGCUGGACAGGUCCCUAAAGUGGUAAAAAAUCCCAAGCUGAAGCUAAACAUGGAUAUGGAUGAAAGUUUCACAGGGGUGUCUGAAAUGUUCCAAACCCCAAAAAAUCAGGGAGGAAGAACAUUUCCUUUGGCUGCUGCUCAGAAUGCUGAUGUUACACCACCAUGGGCUGCAGGGGACAUUUCUGACUUGCACACUCCUGAGGAGUCUGGAGAGAUGAUUGUGUCACCAUUAAAUAAUUCAGAUGCUUCAGAGCAGAAGCAAGAGAGUCCAGGCAUAUUCCACCUUCUGAGAGAGGAGUCAUGUCCAUCUAUGUUGGAUGAAAUAGCCACAAAAUCUCCUGAAAAGAGAAAAGCUGUGCACAGAGAUCCUGUGGAUAGUUUGGCAGUAACUCCAGAAAAACCAGCAUCUCUGAAGUCAGGAAGUAAAAGGAGGACUCCAAAGCAGAAAAUUGAGCCAGUUGAGGUCAUGUCAAGCAAAAGGAAGAUUUUAAGGACCCCUGAACAAAGGUCAGAACCAGGAGAGGCUUUGUCAGGUAUCAAGAGGCUCAUGAAGACCCCAAGGCAGAAACUGGAGCCUGUAGAGGCUUUGUCAGGCAUCAAACAGCUCUUGAAGACCCCAAAGCAGAAGUUGGAGCCUGUAGAGGUUUUAUCAGGCAUCAGACAGCUCAUGAAGACCCCAAAGCAGAAACUGGAGCCUGUAGAGGUUUUGUCAGGCAUCAAACAGCUCUUGAAGACCCCAGAUCAGAAACUGGAGCCUGUAGAGGUUUUGUCAGGUAUCAAGAGGCUCAUGAAGACCCCAAAGCAGAAACUGGAGCCUGUAGAGGUUUUGUCAGGCAUCAAACAGCUCUUGAAGACCCCAGAUCAGAAGUUGGAACCUAUAGAGGUUUUGUCAGGCAUCAAACAGCUCUUGAAGACCCCAAAGCAGAAAUUGGAGCCUACAGAGGUUCUGUCAGGUAUCAAACAUCUGAGGACCCCAAAGCAGAAGUUGGAGGCUGUAGAGGCUUUGUCAGGCAUCAAACAGCUCUUGAAGACUCCAAAGCAGAGGUUGGAGCCUGUGGAGGCUUUGUCAGGCAUCAGGCACCUCAUGAGGACCCCAAAGCAGAAGUUGGAGCCUGUGGAGGACCUGUCAGGCAUCAAGCAUCUCAUGAGGACCCCAAAGCAGAAGUUGGAGCCUGUGGAGGACCUGUCAGGCAUCAAGCAUCUCGUGAGGACCCCAAAGCAGAAGUUGGAGCCUGUGGAGGCUUUGUCAGGCAUCAAGCAUCUCAUGAGGACCCCAAAGCAGAAGUUGGAGCCUGUGGAGGACCUGUCAGGCAUCAAGCAUCUCGUGAGGACCCCAAAGCAGAAGUUGGAGCCUGUGGAGGCUUUGUCAGGCAUCAAACAUCUCGUGAGGACCCCAAAGCAGAAGUUGGAGCCUGUGGAGGCUUUGUCAGGCAUCAAGGAUCUCAUGAGGACCCCAAAGCAGAAGUUGGAGCCUGUGGAGGCUUUGUCAGGCAUUAAGCAGCUCUUGAGGACCCCUCAGCAAGAGCUGGAACCAGUCACAGAUGAAAUUGCCUUGAAAAGGUUGCUGGAGACUCCAGUAGAGAGCAGGGAAGCAGUAAAAGCUGUGCCAGGUGUGACUUCAACCAAGAAAAGCCCAAAGCUGAAAUCCCAGCCCGUGGAAGACAUGGUUGGCAUCAGCCGCAUUUUCCAGACACCAAAGGAGAAGGUGGAGCCUGUGGAAAACAUGUUUGGAAUUAGGAGAUUGAUGAGGUCUCCUAAAGAGAAAUACCAGCCAGUUGAGGAUUUUGUGGGGCUGCAAAGGCUCAUGGCAGAACCCAGGCAGAAAUCUUCUGAUUCUGAAGUGGACUACGCUGGAGUGACUGAAAUGUUUGGUACCCCAGAGGAAAUGAAGGUCAGAUCAGUAAAUGUUGCGGAUUCUCAGGGAGAAAUUUCACCUCCUGGUUCUAAUUCCAGUCGUAAACAUGAAGAGAAAGGAGUUUCCCAAGGUGAAGAUUCCCAACAGAAGGACUCAGCUGGUGAAGAGCAGCCUACCCAGAGACCCAGAAGGGGCAGGAGGGCUGUGCCUCCUGCUGCAGCAAAGCCAAGUGAAAAUGGUGUGAGUUUAAAGGAGUUGCAGAGUCCUGACACCCAAGAGGAGAUGGGAGUGAUCACAGCUGAAAACAAGGGAAGAGGAAGGAGGCCAAAGCGUUGCAUGCAAGAAGUGGUUCCACAGUGCCCUGAUCAGCAAGGGCUUGACAUUGUUUCAUCCGUGGAACCACCUGGAGCUGCUCAGAGACCAGGGAGAGGUAAAAGGAAAGAGCUGAAGGAGUUAAAACAUCCAAAUGAAAAUCUGGAGUUUCGUGUUGAAGAUUCCUCAGUGCUACAAAAAGCACCUGCAAAUACCAAACAGAGUUUGCAGGACUGUGGCACCAAUGAAACUGAAGAUGAUCCAGGCACAAAGACAGGACCUGGAAACAUUCAGAGUGAAAUCUGUCAGCUGCAAACAGGUUUGGAUAAUCCUGAUAGCAAAGCUGCUGACAGUGGGAUGGAGGAGAGUGAAGAAGUGCCCCUGUCACCGAGGAGGAGGCACAGAGGAGAGGAGAACACAGAACCAGUGAUUCCACCAAGAAGAGGGAGACGAGCAAGGAAUGACCAAGGUAAAGCAGCUUCUCCAGGAGACCUUCAUGGAACAACCAGAAAGCUUCGUAAAGACCUGUCCCCAAAGGUUUCACAAAGACAGGAGCAGGCUUGUGACAAAGCUCCUGAGGCUGUCACAGCACAAGAAUCUGAAAAUGGCACUAAGCUUGAACUAAAGGCAACAGAGAGAAGAGUUAAGUCUCUUAGAAGUACUAGAAACAGAAGGCACUCAGCUGAAAUAAAAGCUGACACUCAUGGGGUCGCACUUGAAAAUACACAAAACAUUCAGAAAACUGAGGAAACAUCAACUGAAACUGAUGCUGAAACACAAUCCCACGUGAAAAAUAAGAUGAAAGGAUCUCAGGGAUAUGAAACAGAAAAUGCUCAGGAAAAUACAACAGAGGCAGCUCGAAGAUUAAAGGCAGAGUCACCUUCUGCAGAGACAAACAAAAUGCCAGUCAGUGCUCAGAACAUGGAAGCAAACAGGGCUAGAAACAGGAGAGGCAAAAAAGACUCUUUGGAGCAAAGAGCUGAGGAAUUUACUGAGACUGUGAACAACCUAAAACCAGUUACUCCCAAAUUUAAGUCAGAACCAGAAGUGGGUGAAUCUUCUCUGCAGGAUUCUGUGGGCUCUGUUUGUGUCAGUGCAGCCCAAGGCAGGGAGGAGCAGCCCAGCCCAAGUGCCCCAUCAGUCCCUGCUGCAGACAGUGCCAGUCCUGCUCAGGGCACUCGGAGGAGGACGAGAAAUGAACGGGGAAUACUUAAAGCAAAGCAAACUGGAAUCCUGCAGAGCAAUCCAGCACAAAGAAAUGCAGUGGUGACUAGAAGAGGAAGAGGUAAAAAAGUUAAUUUUCAGCUUGAAGAAAGCAGUUCCAAAGCAAUUGAAGGAAAAAGUUUACCUGAGGGUGAUGAAGGGAUGACUGACAAAGAUAAUCAACAUGAGAGUUCUGAAAAUCCUCCUUCACAGGGAAGGAGGGGCAGGAGAAAACAACUUGAUUCCAUCCCACAAAAAGCUAGUCCUGCCUUCAUGGAAAAACAAACAUUAAGUGCAGAUCCUAGGAAAGAUGAGGCUGUUGUACAAGAGCCAGGAUCAGCUUUGGAAGCUGCUCCCUCUUCAGCAGAGGACAAUCCACCGAGGCGGGGCAGGAGCCGUGAGGUGGCUGCAGCACCACAGACCAGAUCUCCUUCUGUCAGAACGAGACGUGGGCUGCUGGAGGCACAGAGAGAAGAGGAAAAUCCAGCUCUGGGUAAUAAAACUUUACAGGCAAAAGUGAGUGCACCAGCAAGGGACAGAAGGAAAAAGAUGGAUCCAGCAGCAGAGGCAAGAAGUUCAACUCCUCUCCAUGGAAAAUGUGACUUGUCAGAGACUAAAGAUGAGGGUACUCAGGAAGACCAAAGUGUGCCUUUGGAAGCAGUGUCCUGUGCCAAGGAGAAGCCACCAGGAAGGGGCAGAAGGAAAGAAACUGCUCUGGCAUCACACACAGCCAAUUCCAUCUCUCUUCGAGGGAAGCGCAGGUCGCCGGCAGGUGACAGAGAAGAAGCUCCCAAAGAAGAGCAGAAUGUUCCCUUAGAAACUUGUGAUCCACCUGGAAAAGAAAAUCAACUGAGAAGAGGCAGGAGGAAGGAGACUGCCCCCUUGGUAGAAGCCAAAAGUUGUAUUCAGGGAAACCAGGUCCUGUCAAAACAAAGUGGCAGAAAAAAUAACAAUGGGAAAGCUAACCAGAAUUUGGACAAUUCUUCCCAAGAAAAUACAGAGCUUGUAAAAGGGAGCUUGGUGCAAGCAACCACUUCACUGGCUCUUAGUCCCUCCUCACUUCAGGGUUUGCCAGAAGAUGGCAAAGACAGAAUUCCUGAAGAAAAAGGUAAACUUUUGGACAUAGCUCCACCUGCAAAAGAAAAUCCAUCAAGAGUGGGCAGGAAGAAAACAGCUUCUUCCGCUUCUGAAGAAACAAUUUCCACUUCUCUCAGGGGAAAACCCAACCUGCCCAGAGGCAGAGGUCAGAAGAGGAUUCUUCAAGAAAGUGAAGAUGCAUCUCCAGAAAAUAAUCCAUGCCAAGGAAGAACAAGGCAGUUGAGAAACAACAGGAGGAAGGUGGAGGUGUCAUUAGAGGCAGCUACUGCUGCUUCUCCCCAUGAAAGCAGUGACUUGCCAGGAAAAGGCAGCACUCUGGGAACUCGGGAUUGGAGUGGAGCAUCCACUGGUUCUGAAGAAAAUCAGUCAGGAAAGGGCCAGGAGGGUGACCCUGCUCCCCAGGCAGCCCCCACCUCUCGCAGAAGGAAGUGCCAGCUGCCAGCAGAGGAUGUGCCACCCAAAAAAUUAAAAUCAGGGAAUGAUGAAAAUGGGUCUCUCCAAAGAGGAAGAAGAAACAAAACUAAACUUGGAGCAGAGGAUGCAAGGGCAGCUCAGACCACUGGAGGGAUGGAGAGGAGGACAAGAUCCAGCACAAGAACAAGGAAAUAGCCUUAGGAGUCCCAGCACCAGUUUUUAAAUCAAUUCAGUAAUUCCAAUUACAGGUUUUUUUAAUGUGAAUUGAUUUGCACUCUGAUUUUAAGCUAAGAUUUUUGGUAAUUCCAUGGUUGCUUUACAACAUAUAUUUCCUAAUGUGUCUACAGGUAGGCAGUAGAUAUUUCUUUAGUAGCUUUGCCAGUGUGUGGUGGUUCCUAAACCAUGGGGUGCUUGUGCAAAGCUGCAAACAUAAAUUACAUUUUGUUUUACUAGUGUUUCUCCCCUUUUUCCUGUUGAUCAGUACAACAAUCAGGAAGCCAUAUUACUGCCAGCUAAAGCUAUUUUCUGCUGAAAUUUUCCUAUGCUUAAGUUUUAUUUUUCGUUGGAGUUCUGUAAAUAUUCUUUAAAAAAAAUAGUUGUAUUAGCAGAAGUAUUAUGCUAAAUUUUUAAUAACUUUUUUUAAAAAAUUAAAUUUGUAUUGAAAAGUGCAGGUUCUGAAGUCAUUAAACUUGUAAACAGUUUGGCACUUGUUUGGUUUUUUGGUUUUAAGAAUGCUUAAGAGUAAUUGCUGCUGUCUUACAAGGUCAUUUCUAAGGUUCAGCCUCGGUGGUUGAUGUGGUUUGGAGACAGAAUUUUUAGGACUUUUUACAGAUCAUUUGUCUUCGUGGCUUGAGGCUUCUUAAAUGCAGAAACAGAGAAAAUUCAGCCUGGGCAUCAAACUCGUGCAGAUUUUAGACCUGACUUAAAAUCCUUUGUUUAUGUGGGGUGUGAGGCAUUGGGGGUGGUUCUGCAGCAGAGCAGUUGGAGUUGGAAUUGUUCAGCUUGGAAAAGACCCUAAGACUCCAAACCUCAAAACUGAUAUAAUAUUAUAAUUUUUUUAAAUUUAGGUUGGAUUUUUUGCUUGUCUGUUUUUUACCAUGUGGAGUGUUCUGUACCCAUAUGCACAGAGGGUUUUUAUUGAAUUAUAAUGCACUUUUUUUUUUAAUUACUUAAUUCUAGUGUGAAAAUUCCAGUCUGUCCAUACAUCCAGGUGCAGAAUCUGGUACUUUCCCUUAAACUUCACAUGGCUCAAUAUGAGAAUUGGAAUAUUCUAUGGUGGGGGGGGUCUUUUGGUUUGGGUUUUUUGUGGAUUUUUUAACCCUGUUUCCCAAUCAAGACAUUCCUAAAACUUUACCCUGAAAUCCCUGGGGAAAGUAAAAUUUUCCCAUCUCCCCUAAAAUCAAAACUGUCUCCUCUGUGUAAGCAAUGCCAUGGUUGGGAAAUACAGGGAUCCACAGGAAUAU